AUGGGUGAUUUCAACCAAACAUUGAGUCCAGCAGAACACUCUUCUGGAGGAACUAGGAUUCGAAAAGGUAUGGAAGAGUUUCGAGAAUGUCUUCAUUAUGCGAGUUUACGGGAUCUUACUAUCCGAGGGAACAAGUUCACUUGGUGGAACAAUCAAGAUCAAAAUCCCAUAGCAAAAAAGUUGGACAGAGUACUCAUAAAUGAUGAAUGGUUAGACAAAUUCUCCAUCUCCUACGCUCACUUUGCUGAACCAGACUUUUCAGACCACAGUCUAGCAAUUAUAUAUUUUGGACAGAGGCAGAGGGGUCGAAGGCAUUUCAUGAUCAACCACUACCUGCUGCAUCAUGAAGAUUUUAUUCCAAGACUUCUUUCGUUUUGGCAUACUCUUCAGAUUCAGGGAUCAGCAAAGUAUUCUCUAGCUAAGAAACUGAAGGCUCUAAAAGGGGAAUUAAGGGAUCUUAAUCGCGAGCACUUUUCUGAUCUGGAAAACCGCACUCGUGAAGCACAGGAGGCUUUAACCCACUGUCAAGUCCUCCUUCUACAUAAUCCUUUGCUGAUUGCAGCUGCCCAGGAGAAACAGGCUUACAAGAAGUGGUUGACCCUCACAACUGCAGAGGAGAAAUUUCUUUUUCAGAGGGCAAGAAUCAAGUGGUUUGAGUGCGGUGACCUUAACACUGCCUACUUUCACCGCAUGGUAGCCACUCGCAGAGCCUCCAACCAGAUUCACUAUUUGGUUAAUGAGCAGGGACAGAGGCUUCACAAACCAGAAGAUAUUAAACUCCAUUGUGUGUCCUACUUUGAGGACCUAUUAGGAGGACAACCUCAGGCUCUUACCUCUACAGACUUAGACCAGAUUCGGGAGUAUACUACAUACAGACUGAGUGCUAAUCUUGCUGAAGCUUUAGUUGAAGCUGUUUCUGCGGAGGAGAUCAAGAAUGUAGCAUUUUCUAUGCCUACAAACAAAACUCCAGGUCCUGACGGGUUCACUGGUGAGUUCUACAGAGCAGCUUGGGAUAUCUUGGGAAAUGACAUUAUUGAAGCUGUUCAAGAAUUCUUCAGAUCAGGUAAACUUCUCAAGCAGCUAAAUGCCACUGCCCUGAGUCUGAUUCCUAAGGGAUUUGGUAGGUCUAAUAUCUCUCCAAGAGCGCUCCUGAAAGUAGAUCUGAGAAAGGCUUUUGAUUGUGUGAAGUGGGAGUAUGUUCUGAAAAUCCUGGAAGCUGCUGAAUUCCCAGCUGUUUUUCUCAAAUGGGUGGAGCAAUGCAUUACUACCACCUCUUUCUCUAUCAACAUCAAUGGUGAGUUAUGUGGGCACUUCAGAGGAGGACAAAGACUUCGUCAAGGUGAUCCUCUGUCCCCUGCUCUGUUUGUCAUUGCUAUGGAGCUACUCUCCAAUAUGCUCUCGAACAAGUUUGCCUCAGGACAGAUUGGUUAUCACCCCCUUGGAAUCAACCCGGUUGUCUCCCAUCUGGCGUUUGCAGAUGACCUCAUGAUUUUCUUUAAUGGAAGUGCUGAUUCUCUGCAGGAAAUAGCUUCACUUCUCGAGAAGUUCAAGCUUCUUUCCGGUCUUAGCAUGAACCGAGACAAAUCAACCCUGUUUGUUGCUGGAGUUCCGGAGAAUCUCAGGGCACAAAUGCAGCAGCAAGGCUUCUCUAUAGGAUCUUUUCCAGUGAGAUACUUAGGGAUGCCUCUCCGCCACCACAAGCCCAGAAAAAACGACUACUCUCCACUUCUCGAUAAUAUUCGAGCUCGUUUCAACUCUUGGGCCUCGAAAGCCCUCUCCUUUGCUGGUAGACUUCAACUGAUCAUUGCGGGAUGUUUGAGAGCAAUUGAAUCGAUGUGCAAUGCUUAUCUUUGGUCUGGCGAUGUUCAGAAGCGGACCUCAGCUAAAGUUGCUUGGAAAACGGUAGCUUGGAUGAAGGCACAUAUGGUAAAGAGUAGUAACUUCUGGACCACAGAGAUCGGUCAAGGUGCUUCUUGGAUGUGGAAAAAUCUAAUUUCCUUGAAGCCCCAGGUAAAAGCUCUUCUUGGUUGUAAAGUGAGGGAUGGGGCAACAGUAAGCUACUGGUUUGAUAACUGGAGUCAGUUAGGUCCUUUGAUUGACUUUGUUGGAGAGGAUGGCCCGAGACUUAUGGGUAUCCCUAGAGAUGCUACUGUGGCUCAAGGUACUAGUUCUUUUGGUUGGAGACUUCCGUCUUCAAGGACCAGACACCAUUUGCUCCAAACAGUCAGAAAUGUUCUUGUUUCGAUGGACCCUCCCUCUGCUGCGUCAGGCCAGGACUUAUACACUUGGGGACCAGUGGAAAGCAGGAAGGAUUCCUUCAGCACAAAGAUCACAUGGGAAGCUCUGCGUCCCUCGGCCCUUACCAAAGUCUGGUAUAAAGCGGUUUGGUUUAAGCGUGGAAUUCCCAAACACAGUUUCACGUUCUGGGUUGCUAACAUGAACAUGCUCCCUGUUAAAGUGCGUAUGACCAGUUGGGGAACAAACAUUGAUCCAGUUUGUACUCUUUGUUCUAAUGGGGUUGAGACUCGAGACCACCUGUUUCUCCACUGUAGCUAUUCUCUGCAGAUCUGGCAUUUGGUUCUGCCUAGACUGGGACUUCCGCAGCUCAUGUUUGUGGACUGGCAAACUAUGAUCCACUGGCUCCUAGGUCACUCCAAAGCCCUCCCUUCUACGUUGAAGAAGUUAGUCACCCAAGCUACGGUCUAUUUGAUUUGGAAAGAAAGAAACUCACGAUGCCACAGAGGCCCUCUAACCUCCCCUGCUGUUUUGUUUCGGGUUCUCGACAGAACAACUCGGGACAUUCUGCUUGCUCACCAGCACUCUAAACAAUGCAAGGGACUGCUAUCCAAAUGGCUUUCCCAUGUUUUACUAUGA